AUCCGACGAGCAACCCUCAAAGUUCAGCUCAAACUACGACCGCAAACCCCCACCCACCAACCGCCGCCGCCGUCGCCGCCGCCGCCGCCGCGAUGCCCAUCUUCAAGACCCCCUUCAAUGGCUACUCCGUCAAGUUCAGCCCCUUCUACGAGGACCGCCUCGCCGUCGCCACCGCCCAGAACUUCGGCAUCCUCGGCAACGGCCGCCUCCACGUCCUCUCCCUGCCGCCCUCCCCCGCCGCCCCGAUCUCCGAGAUCGCCUCCUUCGACACCGCCGACGGCGUCUACGACCUCGCCUGGUCCGAGUCCCACGACUCCCUCCUCGUCGCCGCCGUCGCCGACGGCUCCGUCAAGCUCUACGACACCGCCCUCCCGGCCGCCGGCAACCCCCUCCGCUCCCUCCGCGAGCACACGCGCGAGGUCCAGAGCGUGGACUACAACCCCACCCGCCGCGACUCCUUCCUCUCCGCCGCCUGGGACGACACCGUCAAGCUCUGGACCGUCGACCGCCCCGCCAGCGUCCGCACCUUCAAGGAGCACGCCUACUGCGUCUACUCCGCCGCCUGGAACCCCCGCCACGCCGACGUCUUCGCCUCCGCCUCCGGCGACUGCACCGUCCGCGUCUGGGACGUCCGCGAGCCCGGCUCCACCAUGAUCAUCCCCGCCCACGAGUUCGAGAUCCUCUCCCUCGACUGGAACAAGUACGACGACUGCGUCGUGAUCGCCACGGGCUCGGUCGACAAGAGCAUUCGGAUUUGGGAUGUGAGGAAUUACCGGGUCCCUGUGGCCGUGCUCAACGGGCACGGGUACGCCGUGAGGAAGGUGAGGUUCUCGCCGCACAGGGGGAGCUUGAUGGCGUCGUGCUCCUACGACAUGACGGUGUGCUUGUGGGAUUACAUGGUGGAGGAUUCGCUCGUGGGGAGGUAUGAUCAUCACACGGAAUUCGCUGUGGGCGUCGACAUGAGCGUGCUUGUCGAAGGGCUUGUCGCUAGUACAGGUUGGGAUGAGCUUGUUUAUGUUUGGCAACAUGGGACUGAUCCUAGAGCUCCUUGAAUUAGGAUAAAAAUUUCAUUUUUUUGGGUCGUCCCCUCAUUGAGCUGUAUCAACUUGGGAUCAGGAUUCUGAAUGGCCAAAUUUGAAAGUGUAAUUGUCGUUCUACGGUUGAUCUUGGUAAAUGACUCGCAAAUAAAUAGACUUUAAAUUAGACUCAAUAAAGCAGGGAAAAUUUCUAUUU